AUGGCGUCUACUCCCUCGAGACGCCUGAAGCCAAUGCCGUCCACUCCUCAGCUGUUCCCUGCCCCGUCAAAGUCUCCAAGUCGAAAUCGCCCCCAUCAGUCAUGUCUGGUCCUGAAGCGCAUCAUUGGAAACACCUGUCCCUCGCCUACUGCCUUUGAUUCGUCUGGCAGCAGCUUUGCCUAUGUUGCUGGAGGAGCUGUCGUCGUCAUUGACGUCCAAGGCAGCGGACAGCCUUCCCAGGCAUUCUACCGCGCUCGUCCUACAGCCGUCCCUGUCUUUGCAACCGCACCUAUCCCACAAGCGUCACCCAGCCUCAACACUACGCCAAAGGGGAGUGGCGCGAGAAAACGCCCUCCGAGGUCGACUCGAGACUCGCCGUCUGGUCUUGGUCUCGGUCUCGGUCUCGGUCCUAGGACUUGGACGAGCCGUGAGCGGAUCAAAGCCGCGACCUGUGUGUCCCUGAGCAAAGACGCGAGGUUCCUGGCCGUUGGAGAGACCGGCUACGCGCCCAGGGUUUUGGUCUUCGGCCUGAAGAAUAGCUCCUCGUCCUCGUCCUCCUCCUCUUUGCAAAGGCCCCUUGUGUCCAUCAGCGAACAUGCUUUUGGUGUCAGGGCAGUUGCGUGGUCUCAAGACGGCAAGUGGCUCGCGUCUCUCGGAACAACCCACGACGGAUUUCUCUUUGUGUGGAAGAUUGACCCUCGAACGGGCUCGGCAAGCCUCUUCCAGCAGAAUCGAUGUACUUCGUAUGUCGCAGGCAUGAUUUGGCUCGGCAGUAACCUUAUCACAUUUGGACUUCGGCAUAUGAAAGUGUGGAAAGUGGUCGAUGGGACACAGCGGCCUCCAUCACCAUCCAAAAAAUAUGCUGGCCCAGAUCCCAACCGUCAGAACCCUUCCAAAACACUCCCGGGGAGGAAUGUCCUUCUCGGAUCUCUACUAGAAGCUAGCUUCACAUGUGCUGUUGCUAUAGAAGAGGACAAGGCGCUGAUGUUCUCGGACGGUGGAAAUGUCUGCCUCCUCGACGGCGCAGCCGGUCAGAUGAAACUCGCCCAAGUCACCAGCAUCGAUUUCCACGUCACAUCUUGCGCCCUACGCGCUAGUGUAGAGCGGCCAUUUGUGUUGGCUGGAGGCAAUGAUGGCCAGCUAGUGAGCAUCGAUGUUGGCGACGUGUUGAGUGGCACGGAUACUUGUACGACCAGAAAUCACUGCGGCCCAGUCGUGCUUGCUAUGGCUUUCGCCCAAGACAAACUCGUGACAGUAGACAGGGAUCGACAUAUCGAUAUCUGGGAUGCGGACACCCUGCCGGAAGUUACUCUCGAGGCGUCUGCCCGCGUUCGGCUGCCUGGACAAAAUGACCCCGUGCUUGGCAUUCAAUCGCUGGAGAGGGCGGAUGAAACCAGCCCUGUUUUCUUCACAUGGUCUGGAUCAGGCAGGGUACUCCUGUGGGAUCUGGACGGUAGCGUCCAGGAGAGUCUAGACAUGUGCGUGGAUCAAGUCUAUACUGGCGAGGACAUGGAACUCCAGAAUCAGAUGUGCGUGGUGGGGGCUGAUGAACAGGGCCACGUCUUUGCCGCGGGGGACCGGGUUGGCGUCCUACAAAUAGUAGAUCGUGCCGAUGGCCAUUUGCUUCUAAAAGCGAAGGCGCACAUGUCUGAGAUCACCCAUAUCGCCGUCCGCCACGACGCGUCAAAAUCCUUGGUCGCAACCAGCGGGCGCGACCGGACCGUUCAGCUCUUUCAUCGAAUCUCUGACGGCUCAUUCAACCUCUUGCAAACCCUCGCAUUUCCGGCAAGAGUCACUCAUAUGAUCUUGUCACCAGAUGAUAAGAUCAUCACCGCUUCAAUGGAUCGUGCUAUACAGACCCACGAGCUCGUCACCAAAACGGGAGAGCCAGGCACGCUUGCGGCUGUCCAGUGCAGGUCGAUCACCCUCAAGGCAUCGCCAACGUCUAUGGCCCUGGACAACGAAAACCAAUCACUUCUUGUAUCCAGCCUAGACAAAUGCGUCUAUCACCUGAAAAUAGGCAGUGGCCGGCCGCUCAAAGCGUUCAGAUGCGCAGACGAGACUACAGAUACCGUGGUGCUCGACUCCCUUGUUCUUGAGUCGCUUCAGAAUAAAGAACGACCCCUGCUCAUUGGUCUGUCGAACACUGACAAGUCGGUGCGAAUCUACGAUUGCAAGACAGGCGCCUUGUUGGAUCGCGAAUGGGGACACACUGAAUCCAUCAGCGGUGUUGCUGUAGUGCAUGAUGGGGACUCGACGCCCAAAGUAGUCAGCGUCGGAUGUGAUGGAACAAUCAUGGUCUUCGACUUAGAUUUACAAGACCUCUCCCCUGUCGCGACAAGUAGAUCACCAUCACCCGCGCAGGACGGUCUUUUGGGCACUAAUCAUCCGCCUCUGAGACGAGUUCUCUCCAAGGCCGAACUUGCAGGCUUUUCACGGCUUUCAUCUUCACUUGGUGACGGACGCCGUUCUCCGUCAAGAAAUUUGCGCAGCAAAAAGUCCAAGACUGACUUCUCGUCAUCUACGUUAGUGGAAACGCCGCCACCACCUUGCAGAGAUCCUUGCAAAACCAAGACGGAUCAGACGUCCUCUCGCAGAACUACACCCAGCCGAUACGGCAACUCCGGGGUGAACAGAGGCCCUAACUCUGCUACGUUGACUCGGAGACCAUCACUGCCAGCGAUAGGUUCUUUUGAUACGCAGCAGGCAGCUCGGAAGAAAUCCAGCAAUAUCAGUCUUCGCUCAUUGUGUGGACCCGGUUCCCUCGGGAUAGCAUCCGAGCAGGUCUGCCGGCAGCUGCGAGCCUACCGCAAGGAGCUCUCGUCACUGGAAUCAGUAACGUCCGAUAUGCUUGCCCAGGUAGAGGUCGAGCUGCAACUGACCAGCAUCGCCAUAAGCGAGCGGGCGACUCGUCAUGCGCAGCAAUCCAUGGAGCUCAACAAAGAGAGAGAUUAUACCAACGACGACGGCAGUCUCGCAGCCAGAGAUGUUCCUAACCUGUUAGGACCUGGUAAAAACAGAAACCCGGAACGGCCCCGUACUGCGUGUUGA